GUUUAAAGGGCAUCCAGUAUCCGGUAUGCCGUGAUGAGCAUUGCAUUUGACAUUACCGAUUAGGUUAUCUGGUUUAUUCACAAAUAUUGAUAUUAAGGUUUAGUUAUCGAGUUAUCUCCGAAAAUAAUGAGUGACUAUUAUCAGUUCAUCACAAAUUGUAAUUCACAAUACUUGACUUUGUUACAUUGAUUAGGUACACAUGAUGGGCAAUCAUUUACUCAGUCAGUUAGUGGUAGUGACAAUAAUAUUUGGUAAUAGUUAGCAGAAGUGUGAUGGAGAAAGUUCGCAUGGGUGCAAUGCCGGUGGGGGGAGAGGAGGGUUUACGACGGUCAUCAAGGUUGCGAAAUCGCUUUUCCGGCUUUCCCAGUCGCUCGGAAUUAGGAACGUCGCCAGUAUCAGUACCAACAGCGGAGAAGCCUCUGACAGAGAAUACUCUUGUAAGACCGGAAGUGCGUUGGACCAGUAGCGGAGGUGACGAAGACGAGGUCGACAUGGGACCACGGUCUGAGGAGGAGAAUGGAAUGGUGGACUACGGCGACCUGGACAGCCAAACUUCCUUCACAGCAUUUCCCCCAACCUAUCUCGUCCUUCGACUGUCGCCCAACAUCCAGCCUGCCGCAGUUUCUUGGCUGGUGCGAAAAAUCACUGGAAAGAAAGGUGAGGGUGGCGCUGAGCUACUCGUUCGAUGUGAACCUUAUGGAGGUCGCAAAAAGGAGAGUCUGGUUUUACAUGUGUCAGCAUCAAAGUUAAAAUUUCUAGAAUUAGCCGAAUACAUGGAACUGAAGAAGGUAGACUGUCAAGGACAACUCCGCGAAUUCACGGUUGGAGAUCUGGACAACUUUCUCCAUUCUGAUAUUAACCUGGACAAUCUUCUCACUGCUGCAGAAAAGCAAAUGAUUGUGAUUCAUGAGUUGGAGAACCUGCGGUCCAUUGCAGGAGAAAGUUGCGUACCAGGAUGUCCUAGUUUGUCCAUUUUUGUUGGGCAAUCGAUAUUUCAAACAUUUUUGACAGAGUCACUGAUAACGUCGUAUUAUCCACUUCAUGAUGAUGCAGAACUGACUAGUUUGGGCGACAAGUGGUACUGGGCAUUUUUUCAGGCACAACCCUUUGAGGAAAUUCGAAAAUAUUUUGGAGAGUCGAUAUCGCUCUAUUUCUCAUUCUUGGGAUUUUACACAGCAUCACUUUGCGCUCCUGCAAUGUUGGGAAUUCUGCACCUAUUCUUUCCAGACUCUGCGUCGAACUAUAGCCUAAUAUUUUUCUGUAUUUUCAACGUCGUAUGGGUCACCGUGACGCUUGAGUUAUGGAAGAGAAAGUGUUCUGAACUAGCCUAUGUAUGGGGGACCCUAAGAAUGACCAAGUGGGAAGAUCCGAGAUCCAAUUUUCGGGGAAAAAUGAGUAUGGAUCCAGUGACUGGGAGAUAUCAACCGAAAUAUCCGUGGUGGAAAACAGCCGUAAAAGUUUAUGGGGUUUCGUUUCCGAUUGUCCUUGUCUGUCUUUUUGGAGCCUUUUACAUUAUGUUAUACUCGUUUUGGAUUGAAGAGAUUCUGGUAGAGAUGCAACACGAAAAUGGAUCAAAGCUCGCUGCCAUCUUGGUCUAUGUCCCAAGCAUUGUAUACGCCAUUCUCGUCUACUUGAUGAAUUUUUAUUACCGACAAUUAGCAUCUUUUCUGACAGAGUGGGAGAAUCAUCGUACACAAUCGCAAUUCGAAAGACACCGGGUCACCAAACUCGUCUUAUUUGAAUUCGUCAAUAACUUUAUGAGUUUGUUUUACAUUGCUUUCUACCUCCAAGAUUUUGAAAUGCUGAAAUAUCAAGUAUUCGUCAUGUUGAUAAUUCUACAAGCGAUCAGCCAUUUCCAAGAAGCUAUCCUUCCACUUCUGAUUCGUAAGGCGUACACGUCAGGGGUCCAAUUUCUGAUUCGGAAAUACCCUAAACUUGCCAAAAUUAUGACUGAUGAAGACGAGGUUUUGAAGGGAUCAAAAGAGAAUAAUAAUGCAUCCACGGAGGACAGUAUUUGGAAUCCUGCAAGUUUAGGGUUGCAAACUUUGGACGCCACAGACCCCAGAAUUGACAAGUCCAAAGCAGAAGGAGAACAAGAUCCUUACGAGGGAACCUUUGACGACUAUUUGGAAAUGUUUAUACAAUUUGGAUAUGUGUUCCUAUUUUCUUCAGUUUAUCCGCUGGCUGCUUCAUGGGCCAUCUUUAAUAAUGUUCUUGAGAUCCGUGCAGAUGCGUUUAAGCUCUGUAAAGUAUUUCAGCGUCCAAUUGCUAAACGAACCAAGGAUAUUGGAGCUUGGCAAAUUGCAUUUGAAGUGAUGGGAGCAGUGGCCAUUAUGACCAAUUGUGGACUGCUCUGCCUUUCACCAGAACUACGAGCGCUUUCACCAACACUCAGGCCAGCUGAAUGGUUACUUCUUUUCGUGGUUAUUGAACAUUGUCUGCUAGCUUUAACUCUCGCAUUACGUCAGCUAAUCCCGGAUGUCCCCUAUCAAGUAAAAAUGGCAAUGGCACGAUUGGAGUAUCAAAGUAGACAAGCGCUAAAGAACGAGCAAACCUUUAAAAGCCGACGACAACUUACUCGCCGUUUCAAAACAAUACAUGGGCCUAGAACAGCAGCUAGUUCUCCGAAAGCUACCGACUCGCCUGGAACAACUUCCAUUGGGUCAUCAUCCCCCAUCGCUAGACGAAGGGUCGCUGCAAGUGGAAAAAAUCUGUGAAUUUGUAAUGAUUGUGAGAGUGAGACAUUUUAUGUUUGGAUGUGGGAAGUAUGUAUAUGCUAAUUACAAAUUUAAUUAACAAUUAUCUACACAAAUUAUAUCUAGUCAACGACCAUGAUUGGUCAGUGGAACUAAUAUUAUAAUAACCAAAUGACAUGACAUUUAAUUUAGUCGUUUACUUAUGAAAUUGUCUGAUAUUAAUCUAUGAAAUUUAAAUGAAAAGCCUGAUUCAAAGCUUGUCAAUUUCAGCAACGUAUUGCUUGUUUCGUCCUUAUUAUUACUCAUAAUAACUGUUGAAGAUAUGCAAACCUUGAUCAUUAACUCAUUAGAGGAAGUACAUACAGAUCUGUAUAUCUUCAAUACGACAUAUUCAACUUACUUGUGUGUGUGUAUGUAAGUACUCUGUACAUGCAAAGUAUGUAUGUUAGGUCUGUCUGACCAUGCAUAAAUAUGUCGAAAUUGUAACCUUUUUAACUUGCCUUUCUUUAACGUCUACCUGGAAUUCCCCACAUAUGCACAUGGAUCCAAUCGGAGUAUUAAUAUCUUGAUGCCAUGUCUUUAAAUAAAUUACUUAUAACAUUAACGCAGUAAUAAUGAUGACACAAACUACUUUAGCCAGUCUGCGAUUGGUUCUAGCUUGGUCAAGUUACUGCUCUUAUUUCCCUCUCACAUAAUUUCCGUCGUAUAUCUUCAGAAGUCGUACAUUUCAAGAAAUUUUCAAACAAUAAACGGAUAUGUUUCUUAUACGAUUAUUCUUAAUGGUGACUUGCACCACUGCUGGGAUACUGGGAGCGAAUAUUACUGGAAACAGCUCAAUAUUUGACGACCGAAUCAACAUUAAUACCAACUACGGUCACGCCCAUGCAGUUGGAAAGGAUGGCUCCUUCAGUGGAUCGGACGCCUCAUCUGUGGGUUUCAAUGCUGGAAUUCUAUACCCGGGCAACAGGUACUCUCCCCUCGCCAGCCAAACCUCCAGUAAAUCCAACUCGUACUCCAGCGGUCGCAGGCCCCCAUCAACCUUUACCAACACGGGAGUGAAUAAUAGAGGACAAUACGGGAUCCAAGGGAAUGUGGCGGCCGGAUACUCUGGUGGAGUGGGUCAGUCCUUCACGAAAAGUCAGUCACAACAGUUUGCAAUUCCUCUCGGGUUCGGAGGCGCCGUGAUCCUGUCUAACCUUCCAGAAACGCCCCCCGCCGACCAGCAGAAGACUGAACCUUCCUCAAAUUCACCCCCCACCAGCAGCAGCGUUGACCCUUCCCCUCCUGUUCCCACCCCAAACCAACGACUCACCUUCGACUGAUUGCAACUGAAUAAUUUAUUUUACUCCGCUCUAUGCACUACUUUUGAUGAAAAUGAGUGGUUUAUCAUGCAUUGUUUGACUCAAAUAAUUAUUUUAAUGAAUAUGGCAAUUAAAGUAUUUUAACUAUAACUAUA